AUAUUCAUAAGUUAUUAUUUGAUAAUAUGUGAUCGUAUCAUUUUGCAUUCAAUUUCAUUAUCUGAUGAUAAAUUAAAUUCAACACAACCACAACAUGAUGGAUUCUUUGAAAUUAGUGGAACAGAGAGAGAAUGGGGUAGCAUUGAAACAUAUUUGAUUAUCAGACAUCAUUGUUAUCAGGGCAAGGUUAAUACGCGAUGCAUUGUUACUGAUCGAUUCGCCAUACCAUCAACAUCAAUUAAUAAAGUUUACAAUAUGGGUAUAAUCAGUCUGAACAUUCAUCAAAAUACCCGAAAAACAAUGUGCAGGAAAUUGUGA